GCUGCUAGCUCUUCCCUCUCACUCACCCGCCGGCUCCUGUGAUUGGUCGGCUCUUGGUUGCCAGGAGGAAGUAGUUGGUAGUCAGGAGGAGGGACGUGCUGUGUUUGUAUGUUGGGGAAAGCGGCAAAGGCUUCUGUAUCGGCGGCGGACGGGACAACCGGGCAGUGACAGCGGCGGCCUGUGCUCCCUAAUACCCGCACAGACAUGGGCUACAAGACGGACCAGCUGCUCAUCGUGGUGUCCAUCCUAGAAGGCAGGGCGUUAUUUUCCGAAGCGCUCUCGGCACAUGCUUGUGGUAGAAGCCAAGUUUGAUGGUGAGCAGCUCUCUACAGAUCCAGUGCCCCACCUAGAGCAGCCCCAGUUUACCACAGAACUAGCUUGGGAACUUGAUAGGAAAGCACUUCAUCAACACAGGCUGCAACGGACGCCGAUUAAGCUCCAGUGUUUUGCCGUGGACACAUUAACAUCAGCAAAAGAGUCUGUCGGAUAUGUUGUCUUAGACUUGAGAGCUGCUCAGGAAAAGAAACAAGCUCCAAAAUGGUAUUCUUUAUUGAGCAGUAAGUACACCAAAUUUAAACCAGAAGUGCAGCUCAAUAUUGCUCUGGAAACUGACGCCAAGCCUGCUGCCGAGGCUUUCAAAGCCAAAGAAGCUCCUCCUCGGAGCAGUAAAGUCACAGGUGAACUUGAUCCAAAAAGUCUUGUGCCUAUUCUUAAUGAAGCAGAGGGCUACCAUCAAAUUGGGCCUGUGGAGUACUGUAAAGACUACUAUGUGCUCUCUGUAACCAUUGCUUUUGCUACUCAAUUAGAACAGUUAAUUUCUAGUACAUUAAGGCUUCCAGAACCACAGCCAGAGUUUUUCUUUUACUACAUGUUAUUGGGAAAUGAUGUCACAAAUGAGCCAUUUACUGAUCUGAUCAAUCCAGACUUUGAACCAGAGAGAGCAUCUGUCCGUAUACGUAGCAGUACCGAGGUGCUCUGCAUGUAUCUUUCUGUACAGCCUAAAUUGCAGAUCCAUCUAUGUUGUGGUGAUCAGUCUCUCGGCAGCACAGACAUUCCUUUAACAGGAUUGCUGAAAAAAGCAAGUACAGAAAUUGAGCAUCAUCCAGUGGCUGUUGAAGGUGCUUUUAUCCUUAAUCCUCCUAAUAAAGCCAAACAGACUAUGCCCUCACUACCGGUAGAUAGCUCCCCCACCAUUGGAGUGUCUGUUUCUCUGUAUAAAGAAGCUAGUCUACAGCAUUCACUUCACUCAAAGGAACACAAUGAAAAUGUUGUAAAAGGAAAUGGGCCAUCUACACCACCUAAAAAUCUUAAGGAAAAUGCAAACUCUUUAAUACCUAAACCUUCACUAUAUAGCGAUUCUCCACCAACAAAAGAUGAAGCCACUGAUAGUGAAGUGGAAAGUAUAAAAUCUGUCCAGAUAGAACCAGGAAGGGCUCAGGCACAAACUGAACAUGCUGCUACAGAGGUGUACAAACAUCCCAUCCCAGCUGCCCAGCCCCCCCAUCCUGCGCUGCAAUACACAAUGCAGGCAGAAAAGAGCCUUUCGGAAUCUGUCUCUGGGCAGAAGAUUGCAGUGCCCCCUGCUGCACACCACUUCUACUUCACCAUCGAUUUAAGAAGCAUUAGUAAUAUAGAUGUUGGAUUUCCUGUAAACUGCAUGCUAAGGUACACUUACCAGUUCUUUGGCAGUGCAGCUCCUAUUAUCACUAACCCUCCAGUGGAAAUACGAAGAAAUAUGGAAGUUUUUCUCCCACAGUCUUAUUGUGCCUUUGAUUUUGCGACAACACCUCACAAGCUUCAGGAAACCUUCUUAAGGCUGCCGCUGCUGGUUGAGAUGUGGCACAAGGAUAAAUCUGCUAAGGAUCUUCUCAUUGGAGUAGCAAGACUUCACCUAUCAAAUGUUUUAAGUACAGAAAAGACACGAUUCUUGGGACCACAUGAGGAACAAUUCUGGAGACAAAACUUUAAUGAUAAGACCUCUUUUAUGUCCAUAGAUGGAUCUGAAAAGAGAGUUGCUAAUCUCACCUAUACUAUCACAUUAGAGGAUUACGGACUGGUGAAAGCACGAGAGGUGGUUGUGUCAGACUCCUCUCAGAGUUCGGCACUUCCGAAUCCUCCUCAGCCGCCACCUUCUCCAAAACUUAAUUCAGAGCCACGUGAAACCAUUGAGUACAAAGCUGCCCUUGAACUGGAAAUGUGGAAAGAAACACAGGAGGAAAUUUUUGCAAGUCAGUUAAAGAAGAAAGAACUGGCCCACAUGCAAGUCCUGGUAGAGGAAUGGAAAAGAAGAGAUGCAGAAAGGGAAGCAUUAGUAAAGAAAAAGGUGGCUGAAUACAUGGUUCUAGAAGAACAAAUGCAGAAAUCCUUGGCAGAUAUAGCGAAGAAGGAGCGUCAAAUAGAAAGUGAUGAAAUUGAGUUAAAAAAGGCUAAGGCUGAACUUCAGUUGCAGUGUGAACGGAGCAUUCAGGAGCGUCAGGACUCAAUAAGAAGAGUGAGAGAAGAUUGUGUUCAUCAGAUAGAGCUGGAGAGGAUAAAGGUUAAGCAACUGGAGGAGGACAAACUCCGGCUUCAGCAGCAGCUCCAGGAAGCAGAACAUAAGUUUAAAUUACUGGACAAGGAAUUUCAACAGUAUAAAGAGCAACAAAGCAGUAAACCAGAAAUCCGAUUACAGUCAGAGAUCAAUCUUCUCACACUCGAAAAGGUUGAACUUGAAAGGAAACUGGAAUCUACAACAAAAUCUAAGUUGCACUAUAAACAGCAAUGGGGAAGAGCAUUAAAAGAACUGGCAAGAAUAAAACAGCGUGAACAAGAGAAUGCCAUGGCAAGACUUAAAAAGCAACAAGAAGAGCUUGAACAAAUGAGACUGCGCUAUCUGGCAGCAGAAGAGAAAGAUAUGGUGAAGAAUGAACGGCUAGAGCUGGAGGAAAUCAGAAAUGAACUAAAUAGGCUAAGGCUGCAAGAAGACCUAAAACAACAGCCUGACACUUCUAAAAGCCAGGAACGAAGAAUGACAUCUUCAGGGUCCAAGCCACAAGAUGAAGGUUUGGAUGAGUUUCUCUCUCGCCUAAUUGAAGAGCGGGACACUUUGUUAAGAACUGGCGUCUAUACUCACGAAGAUCGGAUCAUCAGUGAGCUAGAUCGCCAAAUUAGAGAGGCUAUGGCAAGAAGGAGUAUAAGAUGACAAGUCUCCAAUAUAUGACCAACAUCUAGCAAGUGUGCUCUAAAAAUAACUGACCAAUAGUUCACUAUCUCCUUGGUACAAAGGGCUAGGGAUGUAUAUUGUUUGUAUAAAUAAUUAUUUUAGUUACCUGCACAAAACAAUUAAUAUUUUUCUAAUAUUUUAAGAGUGUACUAAAUGCCUGUUCAUCUGUAUUUAUGACUUUUAAUGUUUAGUGCUCUUGUUUUCUCCUAAUGUAUGUAGUACUGCAGUGCCUAAAGGAUGUAUAACGUAACAGAUUUUCAAAAUUGUAAAUUCUGGCUGGUUGGGAUUUUUUGUAAAAAUGUUUUCCUAAUAAAUUUGAUAAAAGUAAUAUUUCAC